UGAAAUGACUUCGGUACCAAUUCAUCCGAUCUACCAUCUCUCUCAGCCAGACGGUCUGACGCUAUAUCUUGCUCUCUACGUUUACAGCUCUUCUUCCCCUUAGGUCGGACGCACUAUAAUAUCCCGAGAACAUAUAGUGACUUUUCAAAAUAUUCCAUGGGAGACAGUCAAUACUCAUUCUCUCUUACCACUUUCAGCCCUUCUGGAAAACUUGUUCAGAUUGAACAUGCCUUAACUGCGGUUGCUUCUGGCCAAACAUCUUUAGGGAUAAAAGCUUCUAAUGGUGUCGUUAUUGCCACUGAGAAGAAACUACCAUCCAUUUUGGUUGAUGAAACUUCUGUGCAAAAGAUUCAGAUCCUGACUCCGAAUAUUGGAGUUGUAUACAGUGGCAUGGGACCUGAUUCUCGAGUUUUGGUUCGGAAAAGCAGGAAGCAAGCUGAACAAUAUCACCGGCUGUAUAAAGAACCAAUCCCUGUCACACAGCUUGUGAGAGAAACUGCAGCAGUGAUGCAGGAAUUCACUCAAUCAGGUGGUGUAAGGCCAUUCGGCGUUUCUCUCUUGGUUGCUGGGUACGAUGAUAAAGGUCCCCAGCUCUAUCAGGUAUACAGUGGCAUGGGACCUGAUUCUCGAGUUUUGGUUCGGAAAAGCAGGAAGCAAGCUGAACAAUAUCACCGGCUGUAUAAAGAACCAAUCCCUGUCACACAGCUUGUGAGAGAAACUGCAGCAGUGAUGCAGGAAUUCACUCAAUCAGGUGGUGUAAGGCCAUUCGGCGUUUCUCUCUUGGUUGCUGGGUACGAUGAUAAAGGUCCCCAGCUCUAUCAGGUAGAUCCCUCCGGAUCAUACUUCUCUUGGAAGGCCUCAGCCAUGGGGAAGAAUGUGUCUAAUGCAAAGACAUUUCUUGAGAAGAGGUAUACAGAAGAUAUGGAACUUGACGAUGCUGUACACACUGCUAUUCUGACACUUAAGGAGGGGUUUGAAGGACAAAUUUCUGGUAAAAACAUUGAGAUUGGAAUAAUUGGCGCUGACAAAGUGUUCAGAGUUCUUACGCCAGCUGAAAUUGAGGACUAUCUUCAAGAAGUGGAGUAGAGGUUUUCCCUUGAGAGAAUGCUAUUUAUGCUUCCAACAGCAAAGGUCUGUAUUUCAAUGACCAUAAAUCAGACUUCGUUGUUUUGAGAUAGGUCAAUUCAAACUCUUGAGCUGCCAAACCUGGUCUGUUCCAUUUGGUGGUGGUCAUGUAUAUCUCUUGAAGAUGUUUUUUUUUCUUGACAUUAUAUGUGGUGGUUGUUAAAUGGCAUCAUCUUGUGUUAUCGUUCCUAAAUACUUGUACCGAACAGCCUGAACUUGAUAAUUUCUUCAAUAACUUCGGUUCAACUUUCCCUCCCCCAUCUCCCUUAGGUUCCCUACUACCUGCCUGCAUGGCUGCAUCUAUUUAAAAAGUUUGGAGCACUUCAAUGCACUCAAGCCGUU